AUAAGUGCACGAUAAAUAUUGUUGUGCGUGAUAAAUAUUCUUAGAAGAUUACGGAAAUUGUUCCAAAUAGACUUUAAUGUUAAGGAAAAGUUUAAUAUGUGUUUUAAAAAAUCAGUACUUCAUGAAAUAGUCUUAGAAACUUAAAUCUCUAAGUUGGGUUUCGAAAAUUAUUAUGUUGAUAUUAUUUCGAUUUUAUAAUAAAAUUUCUUGUCUUUUGCUAGGAUAGGACAUUCUAUUCUUGAUAGUUUUCUUUGUAUAAAACUUGGUUGGUGGUCCCCAGUACAAUCCACAGAAUAAAAAAGAACUCGCGGAAGGAGUAAAUCAAUCAGCCACUAACUCUAAAAAUAGAAUCCAGUGGUCGCAUAAGUUUACAUUUUGCAUCUGGUACAAGAAACCCAAUUGUUAUCAUCACUUGAGAGUCUGAAAACUUAACUCCAUCAUAAAAGUCUGAAGUUUCUAUUUCAGUUCUGGUCUUGCUAAAAAUACUGGGUGCACACGAAUUCAUUUCAUUUUUUUUUUUUUUUCAUAAAACGACCACUUUCAUUCAUACUUUUAACCCGGAGGACUCUAUCUGUGACGUCUGCGACAAUAGUGUCAAAAUUGGCAGAUGAUAGGUUGCUUGGAAAGAAGGAGAAAACCCCAGACGUACUGUGGAAGUACCACAACCGUUCGAGAAGCCAACAUCUCAUACACCCACCUAUCCAUCUAACCCGCCAGCUCCACUAAUAUGCCAGCCAGUCAGCCGUCCGCUUCUUCACCACACGCGGCGUGGAUCCUCCACGAAAUGCCAUUGAGCACAGCGAAUCCCAGAAAAUUAAUGCGCUUAUAAAUAAACCACGAGGAAAAAUCCAGCCAAAUGAAAGGAUGGCGAGCUCUUACCAAGCUUAGAAACUCCGAGACCUAGUACAUCAUUUACAACGAAUGAGAGCGGUCCACUCAAACUUCUAUUUCCUUCAAGAAAGGAAUCCCGGAAAUAAUCCAAUUGGAAAGGAAGAACUUUUCGGUUGGUGAAAGUGAAUCAUAAAGAUCAGUGAAGAAAGCUUGAAAGAAGCUUCAGUAGUUUCCAUCAGCUGAUGAAAGACUCAAUCCUCUGAAGGAAAAUGAGGAUUGUAUGCAAUUUAUAGAAGACUAUGUUAAUUUUUGACCAAAGUAUGGGAAACUAAACUCUGGAAAGAGUUUGAGAGAGUGCAUCAAGAGUAGUGAAAAAACAUCAGCCAUUCUAAGAAAAGUUUUCAUCUUCUGGAAUCGAUUAAAGAAUUGAUUGGUUUUUAAUCAAAGGAUGGGAAACUAAACUUCUCAAAAGAUAAAAAACAGCUUUUCAUAAUGUUUUUUUAUCUCCAAGUACCAGAAGCAUUCUUUUUUCCAAAACCAUCUAAACUAUUGAAGUUAACUAAGAGAUAAUUCUAUUGUUGAGUGGAAAUCUUCAUCUUAACUAUUCUACACUGACACAAUUGACGUAGCGCGCGAAUUCCGCUUGUCAGAAUGCGCACCUGGUCAGAGAAAUCAGGCUUGCUCAUGACAUACUGCGCACUCCUCUGACCUUGUCAGCUGCUUCAUGUCAAUUCUAAGAUGGAAAUAUUAACUUGAUAACGUGAUAAAAAGUGGUAUAGUUUUAGAAAUAAUUUGAGGAUGCGGAAUAGGUGAAAUCUAAAAGUGAAAUUUUAUAUCUAAUAAUGCUGCGAGGUGGUUUGGCAAGGCAGGCCAGUAUUUUGGCUGAUGUUCCUGCGAAUGGAAGUGGAAACUCGAGUCCCGGAAGUCCGGUGGAUGUUGAAGGUACAGUCAGACCGAGAAAGAAACUUUCUUUCAAGGAACCAGAAUUUUUUGGGUAUUUAAAGCUCAAGAAACCUCUUGCAAAGAAUAAGGAACCUCCAUUGAUUGAACAUUGUGUCACUCCCGCGACGGAAUCGAACUUGAAUGAUAGUCUUUUCGAAGAAGAUGAUGAAACAUUUAAGGCGGAACUAGAGAGUCAAGCGAUGAGAGUCGUAAGGACUGUAGGUCAAGCAUUCGAGGUGUGCCAUAAACUCAGUAUAAAUGCAGGUGGCGAAGAAAAGGAUAGAGGAGAUAACGACAGAGGUAGCAGAGAAUCGGAAAAUCUUCAUCGAGACGAUGAUUAUGAAGACCGAGAAGAGAUCGAAAGCGAUCAACCUCAACCAUCCCCAACUUCACUUCACAAAGAUAUAUCACUUCUAGGUGAUGGAGAGGACGUGAUUUCAGAACAAAACCCAGUACCUUGUCUUCUGAGAUCUCAUGAAGUGCCUGUUACAACAUCUUCUGCUUCACCUGUUGGACAAUCACCAUCGUUUCUUCUUUUCCAGGGAACUGUAGGUUCCGAUUGUGGUGGAUUGCUAGCAGGUGGCGAACUGACAGCUCUAAAGCAUGAAAUCCAGCUUCUUCGAGAGCGAUUAGAUCAGCAGAAUCAGCAAACUCGUGCUGCUGUAGCGCACGCGCGUCUUUUGCAAGAUCAGCUCGCAGCAGAAACUGCUGCCCGUAUAGAGGCUCAAACGAGAACUCAUCAGUUGCUUGUCCAAAACAAGGAACUGCUGGAACACAUAGGUGCCUUGGUAGGUCACCUACGGGAACAGGAACGUAUUUCUUCUGGACACAUGACCGGUCAGUCGCAUGUGCCAGGUUCGGCCAACGUGCCGUCCCAGACUCCCACAAUCCCUGACUUGCCCGGUCUUGGCCAGCGCCCUGGAGGCCAGAACUCACCCUGGGAGCUGGAUCCACCGUCCUUUCCGUAUUGCUCUUACCAAUCAUAUCCGACUGAGUCUAUGUUGUAUCCUGGCAACUCGAAUACAAUGGGUCUUCAGGGAACCAACAACUGCACCGACCAAUUGCACUUUCAGACGCAGCUUCUUGAAAGGCUUCAUAACAUUAGUCCAUAUCAGCUCCAGAGGUCUCCUUAUACGACGCCCACGCCCUACGCGAUGGGACCCAGUUUGUUAAUUCCGCAGAGUAGCAGGCAUUCGUUAAACCCUUUUCAGAAUUCAUCCCAAUUCUCGCCAGGAUCUAUGUCGUUGAGGGUCUCCCAGGCGAACAGUUUUUCUUCAUCUCCAGUUAUGUCUCAGAAGAUGGAGAAUUACACUACUCUUGGAUCCGAAAUGAAUCAUACAAUGCAGGAGGCAAAUUACACGAAAACCUUGCCUUCCGAUAAUCAAAAACCUUCUGCAGACGUUAAAAGCAAAGUCAGGACAGUUUAUGACGAAAUACCCCCUAUUGUACUCGACCCCCCUCCUCAGAGAAGACGAAACGAGAAUCCUCCUCAAAAAAAAGAGGUACAGAGUUCCAGGAAUAAUAUGACGAUUCAAGAGGAAAAUGAGGCACAAAAUCAAAAGUCAAAGGAGAGAGAGAAAAAGUUGGCGAGUGUCUUAAGAACACCAGGACCUCCACCUUCGAGAACCACUAGUGCAAGACUACCUUCCAGAAAUGAUCUUAUGUGUCAGGUGAAACGCACCACGUGGGCUCGGCAUACUACCAAAUAAUUUAGAGGGUGAAGAAUUCUAAAGAUUAUUAUAUUUCGUUUACAAAAUCCUAGCAAUUUUAUUUAUUCAUUUAUUUUUGAAUGAAAGUUUUAAGGGUGUCGAUUGAACUAGGAGUGUUAUAAAGAAACCAGGAUUUUUUUACUCACUUCACCAAAAUAAUCUUCUCUCUAUGUUGAAAAAUGAGUGCUCUUUAGAAAUCCGUUCGAAACAUAAAACAAAACCUUUUUUAUUUAUUUUAUAGCUUUUUAUUUUUAAUAACAUUUUGAAAAUUUGAAACAAAUUGAUUAAUAUCUACAAGGUUAGCAGAAUUUCAAAAAAGUCAUGAACAUAUAAAUCUAUUAUUUUUUUUACUUAUUUUCGCACAAUGUUACCAAUUAUUAUAAAUUUUUCGGAUACUUUUAUGUAUUGUUGUUUAUCAGAAGAUAAUACAAGGUACAGAUUUCUCAAAAACAAAACUCUAUAACCCUGGCGAAUUAUUUUUCAGUAUUUGAAAGAAUUUAGAAAACCGCAGGCACUCAGGUAGAUAUUUUUAAAGGUCCACGAAGCUCGUUUAAAUGGUCUGAAGGCUUUAAAAUAU